GCGCGCGUGUCAGUUAGUUCGCUGGCAGCCGCGGACAAUAACUGACAGCCGCGUCGCGCUGUCAGCUGGUCGCGCGCGCGACAUCGUGUCCUUUCCUUCGCGGAGAGAGACCCCUCGUCGGAUCUCGCAACCGCGGCGCGCGUCCGCGACUUGUGAAAGUGCAACGCGCUCGCGCCGAUCGUCGCAGUGUGCUCCGUUUUCAUGCGCGCGCGGGAUAUCGGAGAUCGACUCGAAGGACUUUGCUCCUUGCGAAGCCCCGGAUUACCAGUGGCAAUUCGGACUUUCACGGGGAAUGCCUGAUUUGGUUUCCUGGCUGAUCCAUCGCGCACUCGUCCCGACGUCUCGUGAACAUUUUCAGUUCCAGGGGAGAGAACAGCCCGAAACUUCGAGGUCUCUCUGAAACUUUCGCGAAACGUGGGGAAACAAAUCCGCGAUGGUCCCGGAGACCGAGUGAAACUGUAAUCUCGAUUACACGGAGCUCGAUCAUACAAAGUUCCGCCCGCGAGCUCUCGUCCCGCACCCCCUCCCAGCUCGUCUUUUUCUUCGCAGAGACUAGACGAGGCUAAAACCGCCUCGGCGACAAGACUCGGCGCUUCAGCCGCAACCGAAGGCGCGUCGCGCGAAAAGUGAAUCCUCGGCGGAGCAGCGCGAAUCCUGCGGCGCGCGGCGACGUCCCGUUCACGUAUGCGGCCGUGUGCCGAGAAAAUGAGUGCGUGCGUGCGUGAGUGCCGAGGACCACGAGGCUCUCCCGGCUCGUGAGUGAUCGGUGUCUCGGUGUCCGGAGCGAGCGGCGACGAGCAGCAAGGACGAGCCGAGCCCGCGCGAGAACGCGAGCGGCGUGAGAAAGAGAAAGAAAGAGAGAGAGAGAGAGAGAGAGAGGGAGAGAGAGAGAGAGAGAGAGAGUGCGCGCGCGAAACAUGCGAAACGGCGGACAGGCGCAGCAAACGGCGGUGAUGACGCCGCCGCACCUCAACGGCUCGGCGCAAUUCAUCUCGGGCGGCUACGUGACGGCCGGCUACCUGCCGCGCCAGUCCUGGAGUCAGUUCCAGCCGACGUCGCAGCAGCAGCAGCAGCAGCAGCAGCAGCAGCAUCAUCCACGAGGCGGCGGCCGGCCGCUGUCGUUGCCGCCGCCGCCACCGCCCUCCAGACGAGACAAUCAGAGGCCCUGCAACGGCCCGGGCAACCCGAAGAACGCAUCCUUGCCGCUUCCGAGAGGUGCGAGCCACAGGAGCACCACUCCCUCGAAGGUGGACCCCGAGCUGAUAUUUACGAAACAGGAACGGAUCGGGAAGGGUAGCUUCGGCGAGGUUUUCAAGGGUAUCGACAACAGGACUCAGCAGGUCGUGGCCAUCAAGAUCAUCGAUCUCGAGGAAGCGGAAGAUGAGAUCGAGGACAUCCAGCAGGAGAUAAUGGUGCUGUCGCAAUGCGACAGUCCAUACGUCACCAAGUAUUAUGGGUCUUAUCUUAAGGGUACGAAGCUAUGGAUCAUCAUGGAGUACCUGGGUGGCGGCUCGGCCCUGGACUUGAUGAAGGCCGGUAGCUUCGAAGAGAUGCACAUCGCCGUGAUAUUACGCGAGGUGCUCAAAGGGUUGGAUUACCUGCACAGCGAGCGUAAGCUUCAUCGUGAUAUUAAAGCGGCGAACGUCUUAUUGAGCGAGAUGGGCGACGUCAAGUUGGCCGACUUUGGCGUGGCCGGCCAGCUGACGAACACCACGAGCAAACGGAACACCUUCGUCGGCACGCCGUUCUGGAUGGCACCCGAGGUCAUCAAGCAGUCCGCUUAUGAUUCCAAGGCUGACAUUUGGUCCUUGGGCAUCACGGCGAUCGAGCUCGCGAAAGGGGAGCCGCCUAACAGCGAGCUGCAUCCCAUGAGGGUCCUCUUCCUAAUACCCAAGAACAAUCCGCCGCAGUUGACCGGGAAUUACACGAAACAGUUCAAGGAGUUCGUCGAGGCUUGCCUCAACAAAGACCCCGAGAACAGGCCAACGGCGAAGGAGUUGCUGAAGUUCCAGUUUAUCCGAAAAGCGAAGAAGAACUCGUACCUAAUCGACCUGAUCGACAGGUACAAAAAGUGGAAGUCGCAGCGCAGCGAGGAGUCGGAGACCGAGAGUGAGAAUUCGGACUCGGAGGAAUCCAAGCAAGACAGCGACAUGGACGAGCCGUGGAUAAUGACGGUGAAAGGCCCGCACGGGGUCAAAGGAUCCGUGGUGCCUAUGCUGCCGCUGGACGAGCAGCCAACAUCCUUGACCCUAACACACACGAAUCACAGGUCCUCCAAUCACAGUCAGGCGGGCAAACCGCACGCGAACGGCGCCUCGCGAUCGCCGCCGAAGGAUUCCACGCUGAAUCACUACAGGAGCGAGUCCAGAGAUUCGUUGCGCGAUGGCCAAGCGAAACCGUCCCGACCACACGAGGCCGCACCUCCGCCACCGGUGGACACGAGAGAGAAGCGAGACGACCGAGAUUACCGCGACUCCAGCCGAGAGUCCACGCUUAGAGAGCCGAAGGAGAUCCGCGAUGGCCGCGAGAGGGACAGAGACGUCCGGGAGCGAGAACGGGAUAGGGAGGGUAGAGACCGGGAAAGAGGCAGGGACUUCAACACGCGGGAGAAGAGGAGAAACAGCAAACCGGAAGUGCCCAUCGCCCCGAUGGUCGAUCACAGAUCCAGCGAGGACAAGCAGAGGCCGAGGAGCUCGCAAGAGCUGAAGCAUCCGCGAAGCGUCGCUCUGUCCGGUGUGGUCUUGCCUUUGCUUUCCGAGCUUCAGCGAAAGCAUCAAUAUUCCGCGAGAGACAAUAACGGCGAAGGCGGCAGUGGCAUCGGCAAGAAUGGCGGCGUUAUAGAGGAGCUGCGCGGCGCCUUCGAGUCGGCGGAACGCACGUCGCCGGGAAUGACGGAGUCGCUUAUUCGCGAACUGAUCAAAUCUCUACUUCCGCCCAAUCACUCGGAAGGCCGUCUGUCCAUGCUGAUGGAGAAGGUCAUCUUGAGGGAUACGUAGGGACGCGAGAGAGCGAAGGUCCGCAAGAGAUUGUGGUCCCAAAACAUCCUGACGUUGUAAAACCAUUCGUUAUUUCUCUCGACUUACCAACUUACCAAUCAGCACGAGCCGAGUGUCAUCGUCGAUUCGAGUGGCGAUUCCGAACGUGAACGUGAAGGGAACGUAUUCGUUACUUCCCCACGCCCCUCAUCCGCUCCCAUCCCACGCUUCAUCCCCGUAAUCCCAGCCGUGUACCCGCUGAUCUAUGAAGACCACGCUACAACGAAGUCCAUCGAAAUUCUACGAAGUAGUCUACUGAACCCGCCUCGUCUCCACCUACCUACCUACUUACUUACUUACCUACCUCGCCGUAGGAUAAAAAUACGUAGACGGCAGACGCACGCGAAACGUUGUGCCAGUGUUCUUGCAGUUCCUACUCGUCUAAUUGUUAUCGACCCUGUCCCGAACUAUUUCGAUUGGACUGCCACAUUUGCGCGCUCGUCCGUUCCCCGUCGUCGGCCGACAGUCUGUUUUAUCAACGGGUCAGCCUUCGUUCCACAACUUUUAUUCGGCCUUUGAAAAAUUGUUUCUCUUUUCCCUUUCUUUUUAACGUCUUUAACUAACCUGUGAAGAGGUGGGAGAACGUGAAGUUUUAUAUUUUGUACUGAGAGAAGCCAAAACACACGAUACAGAAGCGCACCUCAACCUUCGUGGACUCGUCGGGUUCUUCUUGAAAAUCAUCGACAAAACGGAACUGUCGGUCGAUCCCAGCGCAAUCUUAGACGGUUAGGACGGCUCUUCGCCGCUGGUAGAUGAAACAAGCGCAGUGAGUUGCACGAAUAACCUUAGAGCUUCUCCCGACAGCGUAUUCGAUUUGAUCUAGCUCUAGGACCUGUCUCGCAAGAUAACUAAGAAAGAGAUAAGAAAAAAAAAACGUAACGUUCUCUAGCGAUUUCAUGGCGAUCAAUUACUACGAGUAGAGAAAGGCGGAAAUUAGACGACGGCGUGUUCGCGAGAAGGCUGAAUCGAAAGUUCCGUUACGCGAUAGCACAGUACACCUGUCCGAUAAGAAUUCCUUGAGCCUCUUUCAUGUUCGGCACGAGCACGACGUCCGGCGAUACGAAAGCGAAACUGUACAGACUCGGUAGAAGCGGAUUGGCACAAGGAGUAUUCGACGACUUGGUCUUGCCUCAAUGUAGAUACGUCCGCGGCAUGCACUAUCGAGUCACAUCGAACACACAGACGUGAUCCAAGUGAGAAA